AUGGCAGAUGGAUAUGAUUUAAUAGGACCACCCGAAGUACAACACAUUGCACCACCACCAUGUCCAGUGGUUCAUGCGGUUGGUGCACCAUCAAUUGUUCCGCCAGCACCGUGCAAGGUUGCCCCACCGCCGCCCCGUCAACCAGUUGUUCCAGUUGCUCCGCCGGUUCUUGCUCAUGGUCAUGUUCCGCCGACACGAAAAACACGAGUCAAAGAGUCGAAUCGAGAAGCGGAAUCGGAAGCGACGACGACGAAAAUGAGUAAGAAAGAAAAAGAAUCGGAGAUGGAGACGGAAAAAUCGACGAGUUCGACGAUUUCGACUUUGAAGAAGGAGAAGAAGAAGCAAAAGAAGCGGAGGGUAGGUUUUAGCGGAGGAAAACUGAAGAUUCGCCAUGUUUUUUGCGCAAAUGCGUGGAAAUCUUGGUUUGUAAUCGUUUUUAUAGAAUAGACAGGGCUAAGACAAUUCGAAUCAUAUAAUUUUUGAUGAAUUUACGUUACCUUCAGCGAUAGACUUGGCUUAUCGACGUAAAAUCGUUAAAUCCCUUAUGGGUAACGUGAAUUUACGUUACCCAUAAGUGAUUUAACGACUUUACGUCGAUACCAUAAGUGAUUUACGUAAAUUUAUGUUACCCAUAAAUGAUUUAACGACUUUACGUCGAUACCAUAAGUGAUUUACGUAAAUUUACAUUACCCAUAAGUGAUUUAACGACUUUACAUCGAUAUAAUAAGUGAUUUAGGUAAAUUUACGCUACCCAUAAGUGAUUUAACGACCUUACAUCGAUACCAUAAGUGAUUUACGUAAAUUUACGUUACCCAUAAGUGAUUUAACAACUUUACAUCGAUACCAUAAGUGAUUAAACGACUUUACAUCGAUACCACAAGUGAUUUACGUAAAUUUACGUUACCCAGAAGUGAUUUACGUAAAUUUACGUUAUCCAUAAGUGAUUUAACGACUUUACAUCGAUACCAUAAGUGAUUUACGUUACCAAUAAGUGAUUUAACGACUUUAAGUCGAUAAGCCAAGUGAAGGUAGCGUAAAGCCAUCAAAAAUUAUAUGAUUCGAAUCCUCUUAGCUCUGUCUAUUCUAUAAAAACGAUUACAAACCAAGAUUUCGAUGAACUUGCGCAAAAAACAUAAGAAAAAACAUCUAGAAAACUUUCAGCUAAUCGGAAAUGGCAACGAAGCCCAUCAACGUCCAAAUUCCUACGAUACCUUGAUUAUAUCAUUUAUGUGUGUAAUUCUGAUCAUAGCAAUAGCUAUUUCUAUUCCGAUUCUGCUAACUGCUUUUGAAGUCGCCGAAAUUGAUUCGAUCAAAAUUUUGUUGGAAGGAAUCAAGGAGACGAAGAUGGAAUCUGAUUAA